AUGACAACAAGAACUAGGCAUUUGAAGAAAUUGAAAGACGUUAGUGAAUAUUCAAUGAUGACGGGUAAAUGGAAGAAAGGAAAAUGUUUGGAGGCAUGGAUCAGAGGGAAGGUUGUAAUCAACGCAGGAAGUGCAUUGGUGGCGGAACACCGUCGAGAACGGAAAUAUUUAACUGCUUUUCUAAGUGGGGGUUUCGCGGUGCUCGAAAUCGUCGAUGUGGAUGGUUGCAAUAGCAUGAUAGUUAAGCGGACAAUGAAAGCCGAAGCGCCGAACCUGAAACGAUGCAAGAUUGACGGUUCAGAGAAUGCGAUUCAGAAGAAGCGUAGGGUGAACGGGUUUUACUCGCUGGCAGUGCCGGGAGACGCUGAAUAUUUCAGCUGCGGUUCUGGUUCUUGGAGCAGUGAAGGCUCGUAUUGGGGUGGCGGUGGUGAGGUUCAGUCCAAUUCCAAUUCUUUUCUGUUUGAUAGGAAAAUGGUGAAGGAGGCGCGUCGUCCUCCGCUUCUGCGGUCCUCACGUGGGCGCGUCCAGAAGCUUCCGUCGAGGUUCAAUGACUCGGUUCUUGACGCAGAUGGAGACUCGAGCUUUGAAGAUAAUGAUAAGAGUUAUGUGGAGGAUGGAAGGGGUGACAUUGGUGUGAGAGUGGAGAAGAGUGAUAGUGUGUGUUGUUCGUCGAGUUUUGGGCGAAGGAGUGUUGUUAUGGCUGAGAGUAAUACGUCUGGGAUUAGUUUUGAGGGUGUGGACCAAAAAUCCAAUGGGGGGAAGAGGAAUGAGGUUUUCAAGCCCGAGGAUUUUGCUUUGGGGGAUAUAGUUUGGGCUAAGUGUGGGAAGAGGUAUCCGGCUUGGCCUGCUGUGGUGAUUGAUCCUGUCUUGGAGGCUCCAGAUGAUGAUGUGCAGGACUAUGCGUGGGUGAAGCAGGGAAUGGUUUUCCCCUUCUCGGAUUUCUUGGACAGGUUUCAGGGGCAAACCCGGUUGUACAAGAGCAAACCGAGUGACUUCCGCAUGGCCCUGGAGGAGGCAAUGCUGGCAGAAGAUGGUGUUCUUGAAUCACAUUUGGGACGAGAGGAAGUAGCUGAUGCAGAACCUCAUCCUGCUGGCCUUAUGGAGGCUACGUGUUAUUAUGUCGAUGAAGAAUACUACGGCCAGGAUCUGGAGCCAAUUAUGAAGGAAGGACUGACGGAUAAGUGCCUAUAUGUGGCUGCUUGUCUGUGGUGGAAGGAUGGAGUGCCUAUGAUAUAUAUUCUUCAGCUGGGGCUGGAACUAGAAAAAAUAGAAGAAAAACCUAGAACGGCCAACAGGGAAAAACUAAUUGGAGCCAAAGCCUGUUUCAACCAGAAGGAGGCACCGCUCCUAUAUGUAGGCUGUUACAAGGUAUUGUGCGGGAUGUGGUCUGAUGUUGCCAUGCAAAACCAUAAAGAAGAUCAAGGAUUCAAAUUCUACGAAAAUCAAAACAAUACUGUGGUAUUUGCAAAAGGAUUUGGCAUCACUCAGAUGGUGUGCUGUGAUGGUUGUAAUGUGUGGGUGCAUGCUGAGUGUGAUAAAAUUACCAGCAAACUUUUCAAGGAUCUGGAAAAUAUAGAUUACUACUGUCCAGAUUGCAAGGGGAAGUUCAAAUGUAAAUUACCAGCAUCACAAACAUACAAGCCAAAAAUCAAAUCAAUAGAGAGCCAAAGAUCUUUGAUACCUGAUAAUGUAUUGGUGGUGUGCAAUGGCAUGGAAGGAAUGUAUAUCCCAAAGCUUCAUCUGUGUGGCUCUUGUGGUUCAAGGAAGCAGACACUUAGUGAAUGGGAAAAACAUACAGGUUGCAGAGCAAAAAAAUGGAAACAUAGUGUGAAAGUGAAAAGUACAAUGCUACCACUGGAAAAAUGGAUGGCAGAACACAUUCCACUAGAGGGAAUAUCUCAACAGUUAGAUCAACAGCAGCCAUAUGAGAAGUAUGAGCCUGUUAAUGCAAAAUGGACAACAGAAAGAUGUGCUGUUUGCAGAUGGGUUGAAGAUUGGGAAGAUAACAAAAUUAUUAUUUGUAACAGAUGCCAAAUAGCAGUCCACCAAGAGUGCUAUGGGGCAAAACAUGUUCAGGAUUUAACUUCUUGGGUUUGCAGAGUAUGUGAAACUCCUGAUGUUGAGAGAGAGUGUUGCCUCUGCCCAGUAAAAGGCAUUUAUCUAAGAAUCCUAGGUGGUGCUCUAAAGCCAACUGAUGUUGAAAUGUUGUGGGUUCAUGUAACGUGUGCUUGGUUUCGACCUCAAGUUGUUUUCCAAAACCAUGAGGCCAUGGAACCUGCUAUGGGAGUCCUUAAAAUUCCUCCUAAUUCAUUUGUCAAGACUUGUGUGAUUUGUAAACAGAGCCACGGUUCCUGUAUAACUUGUUGCAAGUGUGCUACAUAUUUUCAUGUGAUGUGUGCAUCAAGGGCAGGAUAUACCAUGGAACUGCAUUCCAUGGAGAAGAAUGGAACUCAAAUAACAAAGAAGCUAAUAUAUUGUGCAGUUCACAGGGUCCCAAAUCCAGAUUCAGUACUUGUCGUACACACACCCCUGGGGAUUUUCUCUCCCAGAACAUCGCUUCAAGAUCAGAAGGGAUGCUUGAGGGGAUCAAGGCUAAUUUCAUCAAAGAAUAUAGAGCUUAUUGAAUCUUCAACCACCGAAAAUGACGUAGUUGAGCCAUUGUCUUCUGCCAGAUGCCGUGUCUACCGUAGGUCUCCUAGUAAGAGGGCCGAUGUGCCAAUAAUUCACCGGCCGACAGGACCCAGCCUUCAUUCUCUUGGUGCAGUAACUCAGUUGAACCUGUAUAAGGAUGGUGAUGAAUCUAAAGUAUUCACUUCUUUCAAGGAACGUCUUCACCAUUUACGGAAAAUGGAAAAAUUGAGAGUUUGCUUUGGAAAAUCGGGCAUUCAUGGAUGGGGCCUAUUUGCUCGUAGAGAUAUACAAGAAGGAGAGAUGGUUGUUGAGUACCGUGGCGUGCAUGUAAGGCGUAGUGUUGCUGAUCUGAGGGAAGCAAAAUACCGCUCAGAAGGCAAAGAUUGCUAUCUGUUCAAGAUUAGUGAGGAAGUGGUAGUUGAUGCAACUAACACAGGCAAUAUUGCACGUUUAAUAAAUCAUUCUUGCAUGCCAAACUGCUACGCAAGGAUAAUGAGUCUGGGUGAUCAGGAGAGUCGGAUUGUUCUUAUUGCCAAGACUAAUGUUUCUGCUGGUGAAGAACUAACGUACGAUUACUUGUUCGAUCCAGAUGAGCGGGACGAGCUGAAAGUUCCCUGCCUUUGCAAAGCCCCCAAUUGUAGGAGAUAUAUGAAUUAG